AUGUCAUUGGUUACACAAACCACCAAUACAACAUCGGUUUUCAUACCACCUGAUCGUGAAGCACUCAGUUUAAUGACAAAAUUAAAAUUAGAUCGCUUCAAAUUACGUAAAAAGAAGUUUGAUGAAGAACAUAUUGAAAUAAUGAAACAGAACAAUGAUUCUGCAAUAUCACUGUAUGAUAAAGUUUACAUGCUGAAGAAAAGUGUAGAAAGAUUAUUUGAUGAAGCGAGUAAAGAACGAUAUUUGAAAAAUUUUGAUCCAUUAUUGACCAUAGCCAAAGUCAAUACAUCAACAUCGAAUAAUGUAUUAGAAAAUUUUCGUCAACAAUUCACGAAAGUGAUUGUUGGUGGUAAAAAACGUUCCGAAUACAAUUAUUUAUUUGGCUUAAUCAUGUCUCAAUGGUUAUCAGAACAGAAAAACGAAUAUACGACAGUAGAAAUGAAACCGACCAGUGAAAGUUUAUUAACUAAUGAACAUUUAGAAAAAAUUAUUUUUAAUCGACCACAAUUAGAUUUAGAUAGAUGGCGUCAUUUUCUGCAAAAUAAACUUUUUUCUUUCUUUGAUAAAGAUGCAAAAUUGAAGGAUGCUUUCGAAAAAUUUAAAAAUUCAACAGAACAAUAUGGAAAAUUAUUAUUGAAAGAAAAAGUCUCAUACAAUGAUAUACGACAAGCUAUCGACAGUCUUAUAAGUAAUGAUUCAUUAGAUGAAUAUCGAAAAAGACUUCUAACAAAAAUGCGAUUAGAUGAAAAUACUGUCAAUGAAUUUGCAUCAUCAUUAAAUUUAUUAAUAUCCGACCUAACUGAUUGGAACUGGCCUAUCAAUGGUGUACGUGGAAUCUUUCGUCGAAAUUUAGUCGGAAAAUAUCGGUGUUUCUAUGAAGAAGAUUUUCUUACUGCUAUUUUUCUUGAACACCUAGGCUUAAAAUGGAGUUAUCAUUUUAAGCUUGAAUUAAAAAAACUUUUCAGAGUAUUAAAUAAAAAGUCUCGAGACAAUUGUUCAUCAAGAUCCAUUCAAUACGAACGAUGUCUAAUUCAAGAAGAUGAAUAUUGGAUGGCUUCACUACCGGACGGAUUGAAUAAUAAUUCAGAUGCAUUUUAUUACGCAAACAUGGAUAAAUUUAAUUUAAAAUCAAAAUUAUUCUAUUUAAUCAAUGUAGAAAUUCAAUUACAUAAAAUCUUACAACCAAAUGCACCAUUUACUGUUGUGUCAGCUGAUCUUGAAUGGUUUGGACCAUCCAUUUCACAUGAAAUAGUUCACAUAUUUCUUGAAUUUUGUGGUAUGUCUCAAAUUUGGCUUGAUUUUUUUGAUCGUUUUCUCAAACAACCAGUUUAUUAUAAACCCGAUGAGCUCAUUCGUCAACGUCAACGUGGUGUACCAAUUUCACAUUCACUUUCUCAUCUAUUUGCUGAAUUACUUUUGUUCGGUUUAGACCUAUAUAUAUAUCAAAAUACUAAUAUUUUCAUUUAUCGUCUUCAUGAUGAUAUUUGGUUUUUUAAUUCUCAAUCAGCGAGAAUUGAACAAGCUUGGACAUUGAUGAAUGAAUAUACACAAAUGAUUGGACUUAGAUUUAAUGAAGAAAAAUGUGGUUCCACACAAAUUCAACCAUCAAACAUGACAAGUCAUGCCGAUGAACUGUCAACAAAUGCUAUAUUCCCUCGUAAGGAUGUUAAAUGGGGUUUGCUUACUCUACAAUCAUCUGGUCGUUUUACUAUAUAUCAAGAAACAAUUCGACCAUUUCUUGAUGAAAUGAAAAUACGAUUAACGAAUGCAACAACUAUUUUAGAAUGGGUAAAUUUAUACAACAAAUAUAUAUCUUUUUUCAUGCGUAAUUUUGGUCAAUGUGCUAACAUUUUGGGUGCAUAUCAUAUUGAACAUAUAAUCGAAACAUUUCAAUAUCUUCAUCGAUAUAUCUUUCCUGAAACAAAUGGCAAUGCUUUGUUAAUUCUUACAAGUCGUAUUGUUGAACAAUUUCCUAGUUGUUUGACUGAUGACAUUUGUGAAGCAUGGUUCUAUUGGCCCUGGAUACAGGGGGGUUUAGGUUUGAAAAAUAUCUAUCUUACUUUAUACAGUGUUCAACAAUGCUUGAUAUCGAAAAAGAUCACCACUUUUGAUCAGCUACUAGCUAAAGAUGCUGAACUAUAUGCUGAUAUAGAAGUUGAAUACAAACAAGCAAAGAAGCAUCAAAAAUUUAAAUUCCUUGAAGAAUUUAUUCACGAUGAUGGAACACUCAUAACUUUUGACGAAUAUAUACAAGGUCGUGAAACUCAACUUUCGCACUGGGAAGGUGUUUACACAAAUAUGUUAGAUAUUACUCCGGCGUUAUCACCUACUUUGACGAACAGUUUUGCAGAUCAUAUGGAAGUCAUUCGAGAUAAAAAUACAAGAAUGGCAUCUAGAAAGCAGCGUAGAAUGAAUAAAGAUAGUGAUAGCUACUUAGAAUGGUUACUCUUUUAUUAUGGUGAACAAAUUCAAUCAACUUUUAAUCAAUUAGAUUUUAUUGAUAGUGAAAAUUUACCCAUUGGCUUGAUAACAUUGAUGAAAACAGCUCAGAUUGAUUGGAAUAAUAAAUCCAAAGAAGAAGAGUAG